AUGGAUCCAAAUACAUUUCCAUUGAUUGAUGCGCCACCAACCGAUUCUAUAAAAGCUUCCUUAGUUUUAUUGAAAGAAUUAGGUGCUAUAGACAGUGAACUCAAUACAAAGCUUACUCCAUUAGGAAAAAGAAUGUCAGCUUUUCCAAUAGAUCCUAAAUAUUCCAAGAUUCUUCUAAGUGCCCCGGAAUAUGGAUGUUUGGAUGAGGCUUUAAGUUUGGUAGCUGUUUUAUCAAGCGAAAAUGUGUUUCACACGCCUAUGCACAAAAGAGAGGAAGCAUUGAAAGUGAAACAGAAGUUUAUAUCGGCUUUAGGUGAUCAUGUAACUCUUUUGAAUGUGUUCAAGGCCUUUUGUAAGGCACCUUUGAAAAAGCAAUGGUGUAAAGAAAACUACCUCAAUCAUAAAAAUUUGAUACAUGCUUCUGAGAUACGUCAUCAGCUGUUGACUAUAUGUCAAAGGUUAAACUUGACAGUGUCCAGUUGCGGGACCGCUUUAGACCAGCUUCUAAAGUGUUUGCUGUGCGGUCUUUUCACAAAUUGCGCGUGGUUACGUAGCGGGGCGGGCGGGUCUGGAGGUAGUGGGGGGGCAGGGGGCUCGCUGGGGGGCCGGUACGUUACCGCGGCGGGGGCGGCGGCGUCGCUGCAUCCCGCGGGGGUGUUGCACUCCACACGCCCCCUGCCCCCCGCUGUCUUGUACACGGAACUGUUGCAAACGCGACGCGCUUACUUAGUAACCGUGUCUACUAUACAGCCGCAGUGGCUGCACCAAGUUGCGCCCGAGUAUGCCCGCCGGUGCCGCGCGUGUAGGUGA